AUGGAGGCGCCGCCGGAGAAUGAUUUCUGCUCAAUAUGCCACGCCAAUUUUCACAUUCCCUGCCAGGCCAAUUGCUCUCAUUGGUUCUGCGGUAAUUGUAUAUUACAAGUUUGGAAUCAUGGAUCUGCUCUUCAUCCUUGUAAAUGUCCCCUAUGUCGACGUGAGAUCACCCUGUUGGUUCCCAGUGAGGCUUCAUCAAGGCAGCGCCAGGAUCCUGAAGUUGGUGAGGUUUUACAGAGGAUAGAAAGAUAUAACCGUAUAUUUGGUGAAUGUACAAAUGGUCUUAUGCAGAAAAUGCAAGACCUUCCUUUUCUUCUCAAGAGAUUGUUGCAAGAUUUGAUCAAUCCACAAAGAUCACUACCGCUUGUUAUGCGGGCACGUAUUUAUCUGGCAAUGAUAGUAAGUGCUAUAUAUGUCCUUAGCCCGGUGGACAUUAUCCCUGAAGCGCUGCUAGGUAUCAUUGGUCUUCUCGAUGAUUUCAUCGUCGUGUUGAUAUGCUUCCUCCAUGUUGCUGCCCUUUAUCGAUCUGUUCUUGUUCUCCGUCAUGGAGGUUCUUAA